UGGAGCUAGCCGAUUGUGUGUCGCUCGUCGCGUCAUUUAUUGUUUUUGAAUUUAUAUUAAAUACACCCGCGUCUUUGAAUAAUAUACACAGUUUUCUGGUGCUACACCAGGACCAGUGCGAACUUAAGUGUUCUUAAUGGUUGCCGGUGAUGAAUUUAAUGGUGGUCGUUUAUCGCGGAAAACUACUAGAUCCCCUAACCGUAAAUGCAAGAAAACAGAUGCAGAUGUAGCAAAAGAAUCAUCUUUGCGAAAUGCUUCGCAACCCUCUGUUCAUAAAAGAAACCUUUACGUGGUUUCGUUUCCGAUUAUUAUUCUUUUUAAUUUGAUGCGCUCCGUUCUGUAUCAGUUGUUUAUUAUUUUCAAAUAUCUUUAUUCAGCAUCACAUAAAUUAAUUCAUAGGCCUCGUAAGAGUGGAGAGUGUAACUUUGAAGUUGUUGUUAAGAACGGUGUUGUGUCAACUGAAAUAGUACAAGGUGAAGAGAUGCCGUAUACCAAUAAUGUGGGCCCAGGGGAUCCCCUACUUGCAAAGCAAAAACAUCAUCAUCGCAAAGCUUUUGAAUACAUAUCGAAAGCUUUGAAGAUUGAUGAAGAGAAUGAAGGUCAGAAAGAGCUAGCAAUAGAGCUCUAUAAGAAAGGAAUUUAUGAGUUGGAGCGAGGCAUUGCUGUGGACUGCUGGGGUGGUCGCGGGGAUGCCUGGCAAAGGGCUCAGAGGCUCCAUGACAAAAUGAAAACAAACCUGGGCAUGGCAAAGGACCGCUUACACUUCCUUGCAAACCUUGUGGCCCUCAGUAAGUUGGGGGUUGAGAGUGAGCAGGAGAGAUGUGAAAAAAAACCCACCGAGUCGCCACUUAAGGCUAGAAGGCCCAUAGAGAAGUCCAAGACGACACUGCUAGCCCAUACAGAUAGUCACAGUUGUCAAACAAAGCCUCCAACUGAAGUUGCCGGCCGGAAGCUAAUAACAUCAGGUCGUAGAACGCAGAGUAGCAUGGGCGGGCCUCUCAUGAAAUCCCAGACUCUGCCCAGGUCCAUGGGACGCUCUUCAUCGCAACCCAACAGCUCGAAUGGUGGCUACAGCAGGUAUCCCGUGAAGCCUGCGUCCACACCACCCGCUGUCAAGCGACAACUCUCUGGCGCCUAUCAGGUACCGGUAAACGGGUCGCCGGUACGAAGAGUGGUGGGUGGUGGCUCCCAGAAAGGCACUCCCACCAGAAGCAGAACCCCGCAGCCAGCCCUGGCGGUACGAGGGGUCGAUCCCAAGCUGGUUCAACUUAUACUGGAUGAGAUCGUCGAAGGAGGACCCAAGGUUCACUGGGAUGAUAUAGCUGGUCAGGAGUCAGCGAAGCAGGCUCUUCAAGAGAUGGUGGUGCUACCUUCGCUGCGACCGGAGCUGUUUACGGGACUCAGGUCACCCGCGAAGGGAUUGCUGCUCUUUGGCCCACCAGGGAAUGGUAAGACCCUGCUGGCACGGUGCGUGGCUGCCGAAUGUUCGGCGACGUUCUUCUCCAUAUCGGCGGCCACGCUCACCAGCAAGUACGUGGGCGACGGGGAGAAGAUGGUGAGGGCGCUGUUCCAAGUGGCCAGAGAACUUCAGCCGUCAAUAAUAUUCGUGGACGAGGUGGACUCGCUGCUGUGCGAGAGGUCGAGCAGCGAGCACGAGGCGUCGCGCCGGCUCAAGACGGAGUUCCUGGUGGAGUUUGACGGACUGCCGGCCGCCGGCGCCGACCGGCUCGUGGUCAUGGCCGCCACCAACCGGCCGCAGGAGCUGGACGAGGCGGCGCUGAGACGUUUCCCGAAGCGCGUGUACGUGACGCUGCCGGACGUGCGUACUCGCGACGCCCUGCUGCGGCGCGUACUGACGCGAGGAGCCGCCGCGUCCACCCUCAGCGACCACGAGCUGGCGCGACUGGCCGCGCUCACGGACGGCUACUCGGGCAGUGACCUCACCGCGCUGUGUCGAGACGCCGCGCUCGGGCCCAUCCGAGAACUAGAUCCUGAGGAGGUGAAAUGCCUCGACCUGUCUUUGGUGCGAAGCAUCACGUACCAGGACUUCAUAGACGCGUUGAAGCGAAUCAGGCCGUCGGUGUCGCCGCACAGUCUCGUUGCUUACGAGAAGUGGUCUGUACAGUACGGAGAGCUCGGGGUCUGAGAUUCAGUGUCGAAGGAAAUUCGGUACUGACUAGAAUAAUAUUACGGUGAGUCUAAAUCGUAAUGUAUUGGGUCGUCAUGAAUACGAAGAGGUUCGAUUUUGUUAAUGUUAUAAAGAACAAUUUUAAUUAUGCGAAUUCUUGCACAUUAAUAUAUAUUAUUAUUCCAAGCCAUUACAAUUAAUAAUUAUAUAAUGCAUCAAUCUUAUCGAUUCCAUAAUUUUGACAUUGAUUUAAUUUAAUAUGUAUUUAGUUUUAAAAAGUUUUUUGGAACUUCUCUAGUCAAGCGCUCAGAUUUGAUCGUUGUAUUUUAGCCAGCAAUUAUAUGGCCAUACCUGUACACUAGUGUUAAAAUAUAAUAUAACUCGGCUCAAUGCGGAGAUCGCUUUCUGUGUUGCAAAUGUUAAAACGCCUUAAAACAUAAUUUCUUCAUUGAGUCCGGUUAUAUUUAUGUAUUACCGUCCAAUGUUCAAAUGAAUCUAAUCUUUCUUGCCAUUUUAACACUUGGCUCUCCCUUACAUAAUUUAUAUGUCUAGAUAGAGCCUUACCAGUGGGAGGCUAAUUUGCACAGGAUGCCGGCUAGAUUGUGGGUACCACAACGGCGCCUAUUUCUGCCGUGAAGCAGUAAUGUGUAAGCAUAACUGUGUUUCGGUCUGAAGGGCGCCGUAGCAAGUGAAAAUACUGGGCAAAUGAGACUUAAUAUCUUAUGUCUCAAGGUGACUAGCGCAGUUGUAGUGCCGCUCAGUAUUCUUGGUGUUUUCAAAGAAUCCUGAGCGGCAUCAGCUUACCAUCAGCUGAACGUCCGGCUCGUCUUGUCCCUUAUUUUCAUAAAAAAGAGCCUCUUGCUACUAGGCAACCGAUGAAAACAGGCCAGGUUUAUUACUUUAGUGUGCGUGAGAAGCCACGUCUUAUACUCGCGAUUUGUAUGUCACGUGUUAGUGUGCGUGCAUUGCUCACAAUAGUUGAUAUCUGUCAAUCUCAAUUUUUCGCUGUUUUGACAGCUGUCACUGCCUAUCUAGACAUAUAAAUGAUCUAAGGGCUUUCCAUUCUGUUGCUUAUUUUCGCAAUUCCAUAUUUACUUUUAUUUUUUAUUAAAUUCAUACCAUUUUAAGAAUGAAAUGAAAUUUAUUGGCAAACGUAGUAAAGUUGCUAUCUGUUGAUGAGCAGGUUUGAAUAAAAAAUAUUUAAAUGGAUACAAAAAUACUCAAAUUAUUUGUUUAUUGCUAGCGUCUCAUUGGUUUUUUUUUCUGGAUGAGAAAUGACACCAUCACUCGUUUGUCGAUUGGUUGAAUAAAAAGAAACGAAGAGAUGUUUCAGUCGUGUUCUUUUUACGUCGAAACAUUCACUAGACUAUUUGAUAGCCCAAUAAUACGUGACUGAUAUUGAUUUAAUAUUUAAAAUACUAAUGAGCAAAUGCCAAGUGUGGCUGACUGUCUACGACUUGUCAAUCAAAUUAAAGUAACUAAAUUCGCUUUCUUUAAGAAUUUUUCUCGUAAGAGAUGUUCUGCACUCUUACACGUUUAUACUCUAACGGCCUUAGAAAUAAACUUGGUAUAAAGUUAUAACUGAUGAUAAACAAAGAAAAUGCAAAAUGUUUACACUAUCGUUGACAACACUGUCAAUACAAUGAUAAUUCUUAAGUUUUCCCGAUGUCAGAACAAACCAUUCGUAAGCAAAAUGUCUAUUUGUAAACAUUUUACAUAUUCUUGUUAAUGCUUAGUUAUAACUUUAUGCCAAUUUAAUUUGUAAGGCCGUUAGUCUAUGGGGAAUACAGACAAGCGAUUGGCGUAGCAUUGCUGCUAUACUGACGCCAUAAAUCCCGCCCAUUUUAUUUUUAAAAAUGGAAUGCUAUUUUGUUUUUAUUCGCCGUUUUUGUAAUUGAAGAUCGGAUUAUCGUGAUUAUAAUAUUAGUAUACCUGUAUUAAAACAAAUUUUGUUAUUAUAUAAUUUUGUUUAAUGAAAUUAAGUUUUGAUUAUGAUUUUAAUAGGUAGUUGGUAUGUAAUUCAUUAUUGCUAUUUAAAAAAAAUAUUAUCAUGUAUGUAAGUUUUUUGGUUGGCAAUAAAUUUAGAUUUGUAAAAUUUAAUACUAAUGUUCGUUUAGUCUGUCAGUUUUAAUUGUUAUUUAUGGUUUUUAAUGUUUUGUUAUAAAGCCUUGAAACUUACUAAUAUUAGUAUUAUUUUUAAUCUAUCUAGAAGUUGUUAGCCUCAUCUUCAUAGUGUAGGUAAGUGUUGAAACUAUUUUCAUGUAGUGUUAUGAAAAAGACAUCAAUAUAACGGGUAUUAAUUUCAUUAUUUGGAGAAUUAGUAACUUUUUUCGAUGAUACAUUUCUUCGAAGCUCAAUAUUUGUAGCUUAUUAAGUUAAUCAAAGGUAGAAUAAAAUAAUGGUUGAUUAUUACUAUUUAGGUGUUCAAUGUUAUUGUCAAGAUUUUUUUGUUGAUUUCUCUAAAUAUAUUAUACUAAUAAUUAUAAUCGUAUACAAUCAAAAGCUAAUAAAAUUACCACCUAGUAAUGCGCUUAUUAAGCGAGCUUUGUCAAGUAAUUUCGUGUUGUUUUGAAGUGGAAGUCUCAUAGUGACCGUCUCGUAAUGCUUCUAGACUAAAAAAACAAUUAAACGUAUUUCCUGAAAAACGUUCCAAUCCACAAACACCACAUUUUAAGGAAUUUGUGUUUAAGGUUUAAUAAAUAUUAGUGUAUUCCAUACAUGUGGGUUUGGCUACUAAGUCAUGAUGUAAUUUAAAGAGUGUCAUUUUUUGUCAGUCCGUUAGUAUGAAUCACGUGACCAGUUUUGUUCUUAACUCAAUUUCGACAUGAUUGUGGUUUGUGGAACGUUUUUGCUGGAAUUACGUCCAAUUGACAAUCCUUAGUUAUGUGUUGGAAAUUGUCAAUAAAGAAAUUUAUUUCAUACUUUUCUACAGACCUAUAUAUUUGUACCUGAAGGCAAUAGGUACAGUUGCUUUUUCUCUUUGGAAAAUUUUUGUGCAAGUUUAGCUCAAUCCACUCACUAUCGCUGUUUGAUAUUGUCCCAAUACUAUAGAAAAGACUGCAAACUAACAAAUUACUCCGCAUAAACAUGUCAAUCAAAUCAAAUAAUGAAUAAAUCCAGAUUUUAAAUCACCUCGAAUAACAUAAAACUCGUUAUAUAGUUAUCGAAUCGUACUAAGAUUCCAUUCAAUUUGUAAAUAGUGUUAUCAGUGUAGAAUAUUGCAUCGCUAGCCAAUUAUUCAGCCAAAAUAUAAACGUAAACAAAAGUAGAUAGUACCCUAAUGUGUAGAUCAAGUAGAUAUUGUUAGAAUCACAAUUAAUACUCAUAGGAAGUCAGCUUUCGUUGAUUCCAUAAUGUAUCUUAGAAUGUAUGACGCCUUACAUUAUUUGAUAAUUUUAGUCAAUUUAUUAUAUUAUUCAAAGUAGAUAAUGUUAUUGCUUGAAUAAGUCAAACAUACUCAGUAAUAAACCGUAUUUUAUUGUAUUUAUUGUUAAAGGGAGAAAAUAUAUCAAAAUAGAGCUCAAGUAGGUACUUUUUAUAGCGACAGCUCAAAGAUAUUUUGUUUUAUGUCAUUAUGUCCGUCAUAAUUAGAUGUGUGCAAAAACUCGAUACAAAAUGGCUUCUACGCUUUGGCUACAAAUAGGUAAGCUUUAAGGCUUAAAUAAAAGAGCGUCUUGCUGUUAGGCAACGCAUGACAACAGGCCAGGCUUAUUGCUUUAGUGUGCAUGACAGUUCGAUCUCGAAUAGCUUAAUCCAAGAUGAAGAAAAAAUUUAAAUGGAUUUAAAAUAUUUAUUUGAUGUUUGACCAACAGAACAAAACAUUUAUGGUCUACUUGAUACGCGCUACCAAUACAAUGCAGUGCCGCUUAGGAUUAUUGAUUGAACACAAAAUUCUGUGCGGCAUCGCAAUUAUUGCUCUCACUUUGAGACAAGAUGUUGAGUCUCAAUAGUAGACUCCCAGUAAUUUCACCAGCUCGUCACCGCUGUUGGUAACAAACUAGCCGAUACCUAUUGCAAGGAAGACUCCCACUGGUGAAUAUCGUACUAAUAAUGUUAACUAAGACAAUAAAUAUACUUGAUCGAACUGGCAUUACAAGAUGUAUUUGUAAUUUUUUUUUAAAACAACGCUAAUGUGUCUUAAACUUCGGAGCUAAACGAACGAAAUCCUUCCUACUUAAAAAAGUGUACGAUUUUUCAACAAAAAGAAAAAUAUAAUGUCUUAAUAUUAAUGAUUUGUUGCAAUAAAAAAUUAAGCGUUACAUUUUUGAUAAUUUGGUUGUGGCUCAAACUCGAAUGUUUUUUACUUAUUAUUCCUGAAUGUUGUGAAUUUUUUUGGAAAUUUGUUAAUGUGAAUAAUUUGAUUGUAAGUUUUUAUAUGUAUGUAAGUAUUAUUUGCUUUUGAUUAUAUUAAUAUUGUGUCAUAAAAUUAUUUUGUUAAGUGGAUGAAAUUUCAAUAACAAUUUAUAAAGCUGUGAGGAAUGUACAAAUUAAAUGUUUUUGUAUUUAAACUUAUUCAUAAAUAAGUGUGUUAUAAUUAUUAUUCAUAUGCUUUUUAGUAUUACCGAAGACCAAUAAUAAUACGCUGUUUAUGGUAUAUGUGUUGUCUUGAGACGGUUUUCCGUCAACAAAACGCCUUCUCUUUUUGGAGGGCCAAUAAAUUCUACUAGUGUUAUUAAGCUCCUUUGAGCUUGGACGCGGUGAUCACUUAUCCUGUCACUUGUUGCAAGGCCAGAGUCAAUUUGAUACUCGUGGACAAAGCACCCCUCCCGUUCAUCGAGUAACGCCUUGUAUCUCGGCAUUGCAACUUAACUGCAACAAACAAAGCCACAUCACGAAGGCUAGUUAACAUUGACGUGUAGUAAGCAGGGGCGUGCAUACCAUAUAGGUAAUUAGGCAGUGCCUACCUUGCGAAGAAUCAAGAUAAUAAAAGAUUUGGUUCCGUUAUUCUUAAACCAAACUUAUAUCAACACCCACUAAUAAUUUUUUUCCUUACGCUAGAUACUAAAUACCUACGGUAGGCAGUCUUGAAUAUUCGGUAAGCAACUUCAAUAUUUAGACCUCGAAACCUAGUAGUGUCGGACUAAAGCGCAACUGCGACUAUUUAGAUAUACAGUCCCUACCUCCCUAGAAAACCAAUGCACGCCCCUGGAAGUAAGUAUGCUGAAAUACAAUUCUCUACCAAUAAAAUUAGCCGUCGUAUGGACAUAUAUGAUCGAAUCUUUGAGUGUCGAGUUAUAAAUAGAGUCGUUUGAACGAUGGUUGUUUUAUUGAUAUAAUAAUGUCGAGUACUCUUAAUUAUAACUUUGCUGUUAAACGUUGCCUUGCUUAUUUGUAAUGUUAUUCUAAAGUAAAUGCUGUCUGUGCCUCAUAAGAGCUUUGUGUGUUUUAUAAAAACUUUUUUAUAAAGUGGAUAACAUGUGAGUGAUGAAUAAUAAUGUAUAUAGCAUUAUCAUUCAAACGAACUAGCUUUCUCCUAAUACUACUUAAAAAUAAGAAUGAACUUUUUUGUAGUAAGGGCGUGUAAAAACAGUUUCUUAAUGCGUCACUUUUCUCAAAAUGUUUGUUGAAAACUAACUUCAAUUAAAACAAGCGUCGGUGGCGAAAAAGCGAGUACCGUUCAAUCUUACAAAGGUGCGAACAAACCGGGGUUUAAUCUUUGCCCGCCAUGUGCCAAUAUUUUUUAAGUUUCAGAAUACAUUUGCUAUUUUUCGAUGCUUUAUAAGGUUGGCUCGCUCAUUUGUUUCCUCUGGUGUUAAAAGAGUGUGCGCGGUGAUAACAUAACAGAAAUGUUUGCUCGUGCUCUCUUAAAAAAAUAACUAUAAAAAUGUAACACUUCUUAACGUAACUACUUAACCUAAUGUGUCACUUUUGCUCGUAUAAUAAAUAGAUGAAUAUAAUAAAUUGUUUUGAGAGUACACGCCAGUUUUUGAUAACAUGGCGACUUCUAUCAUAUCGAUAAAAUCAAUUAUCGCCUUAUAACAUGGCAUAGUAAUCUUUAUAUUAUAUAUUCAUUACUUACAUGGCAACGUAUCCACUAGUAAUUUAACAGUAAAUUUACUGGUGACUUGACUGAAUAACGCGAAUACUUGUGACAUUUAUAAUAAGCUCCUUAAAUUGGUCAUUAUUAAUUGUUACGAAUUAAUGUUAUACACAGAUAUUAGAUUAAGGAUUUUGCAGGCUUGACAUAAAAAUUGAAAUGUUCAGUUGCGCUUCAUUAGGUAACUGAGUGUAGCGUAAAUAUUUAUACAUAAGGUAUGCAACAGUUAUGUUAGUGGUACUAUCGUUCAAUAGGGAUUUUUCUUUUCUGUGGCGCAGAAAUCUGCACAAACUUUGUAUUUACAUAAUAUACUAUGUUUAAAAUAAUUUCAGCUCUUUAUAGUGUAUUAAUUACUUACUUCUUGAUAAAACUUAAUAAUUUAUCUAGAAAAUCUUGUACUUUGAUAAAUUUUAGAUUAAUAAUCAACAUGCAUGCAUUAUGUGAUUUAUGAUAUGAAUUUGUUCUAAAACAUCUAUCUUGUUCGUUUUCGUAUUAUUAGCUAAAGUAGUUAUUAACUUAUUAUUAAGUAGUCAUGGUAAAGUGCGACAAGAAUAAACGUAAUGAGUACAAGAAACGUCAUAUUUUGUUAAACGUCACUUUGACAGCCUUUCACCACUGGAAAAAAUAAUAAUUUUACUAUUUAAUUUUGUACAGCACACAGUAAGUGUAUUCGACAUACGUGGUCCAUUAUUAAUUUUUAGGGCCCUCAUUACAUCAGCGUCUACGUCAUACACGGUUAUCAUUUAUCAAGUAGGUAUAUGUUGUCAACUAUACACAGUUAGUUCUUCAGACUGACAAAACAGAGUUAUCACUGGUUACUUAUUAACACACCUGCACAACGGGCCCUAGAAUUAUUCAAUAGUGCUUCGGUUAUUGCCAUAAGAAUUGUGUUCACAUAAACAAUAACUUAGUCUCUCCGUAAUGACACGUAAUUUUAUCGCAUUAUUUUGUAUAACAAAAAGUGCAUGUGCACGAUGAAUAUUAAACACCAGAUGACCCGAAGGGUCACUUCUGGUCAUAUUUUUAAAUAAUUAAUAUUGGGUUUUUAACUUCACCUGAGUGUAGCGGUGUCCUAAUAGCACAGUAAAGUGGAAAUUAAAAAAACAUGGACAUGGGCUCCUGAACAAUGCUCAAGUUAUAAUGAUUAACCAACAGUACGAUAAACAACUAGACUGUCAAUCGCCUAUUAAAAGGUCGUCCAAAAAUGUCCAAGAUUCGUUGUAUAUAUACGUAUACAUAAACACAGAAUGCAUUCAAAACAUUCAUUCAAAUUAACACCUUAUUUCGUGGCAGUAAUGUUCAAAGUCUAUUUAUUGUAUACGCUCAUUAGAAGUAGUAACAGCGCGAGACAGGCGAGAACACGAGGCAAGAACAUUUUGUUUUAGCAAUUGAAAUGUAAUUAACUAUCAAAAUGAUUAAAAAGAUCAAGUUAGUUACAAAAUUUUAAUAAUUUAAAGGGGCAUUUACCUGAAAUCCGACAUUCCAUCCUUAUUAAGUUUGGAUAUUCCGAUUUUUGGACAGUUUUUAUUGAAAACUUAAUCAUUGCGUGGCGUUGUAUUCAAAGCGCAGUCCAAGCACGAAUAUUCUGCCUACUAGACGUGUAGGCAGAGUUUUAAGCGUGAUUGUGAGUCUAGUUGUUUAUUGUACGAUAAUGUGAUUAACUGAACCUUGUCACUCGUUUUGUGAAAUAAGCUGCCUGCUGCGUCCUUUAUCUAUUAUAAUUUUUAGGAAGUAUAUAUUAAGAUUUCGGUCGAAAACAAACGAAAUUUUGAUGGUGUAUUUUUAUGAAGAUACGAUUAAAUUAAAAAAACAACAUCGGAAAAUGUAAAAUUUAUUAAUUUGUUUUAGAAAAAUAUUAGGUUGUUCUAAAAGUGAUAUUUUCAUUCAUAUAAAGCCUUGCGUUCUAAAAUGGUUGUAAAUGUAAUAACGCUUGCAUUGAGCUGAAGUUUUAAUUUAAACGCACGAAUUUACAAUUUGACUUAUCCGUAUUUUAAGCCGUUGAAUAUUGUUGAGAAGAAUGUGUAUAUUUUCAUAAUAUUUCGUAAAAUAAGCACUCUUGCCUAAAAUAUCGUAAAUGUACACACUGCGCGUAUGUGAUAACACUGUUUAUCAUUUAAUAAACGAAAUCAAUUGUG